AUGAAGUCUUUGCAUUUGCAAUUGUUAAGGUCCAAAUUGGGUAUUGUGUCCCAGAAGCCUAUUUUGUUUGACUGCAACAUUGCUGAAAAUAUCCAGUACGAAGAUGACAGUAGGGUUGUCAGUCAGGAGGAAGUUGAAGAGGCAGCUAAAGCAGCAAAUAUUCAUACCUUCAUAGAAAAUCUCCCAGAGAAGUAUAAUACCCGAGUGGGUGACGAAGGAGCACAACUUUCUGGAGGUCGGAAACAAAGAAUAGCAAUUGCUCGUGCUCUAGUUCGUAAGCCAGCAGUUCUGCUUCUGGAUGAAGCCACAUCUGCUCUUGACACAGAAAGUGAAAAGAUUGUCCAGAAAGCCUUGGACGAUGCCAGGAAGGGUUGA